AGGAGGAGGAGGAGGGGGAGGGACAGAGCUAUUUUUAAAUGGCCGGUGAUGACAGUGGGUAUUUUUGACAGCGAUUACCGCCGCCGCCGCUCAUAAAAGAGGCCGAUCCGCCGCUCGCCCGACCAUGCACCUGUACAACAGCGUGUUGACACACUACCCGGGGGCAGCCUACAAAGUGGCCGUCCCGCCGCCUCCUCCACCGCCUCCUCCUCCACCUCCUCCUCCGCCGCCGCCGCCUCAGGCAGAGAAAGCUCCGGCCGUCGACAGCCAGAGCGCCGUCCACAAGAGCGAGUGUCAGUGUCAGCCUCAACCGCCGUCGCCCGCCGCCGCCGCCGCCGCCGCCGGCAACAAGAUGCCCGCCUUCUCGCCCUGCGACCUGCUCGCCUCGCAGCCGCCCGCCGCGCACCUCUACACGUCCACCGCCAAGAUCCCGCUCAGGCCGCUGGAGCGGAUGCUGCCCGCCCUGCAGCUGGUGGCCGAGGCCGAGGCCGACCGCGCGAGGCCUCACUCGGCGGCCAGAGCUCACCACGGCCCGCAGGGCGGCAGCUACCCGGCCGCCCAGGGCCCCCCCGGCGACAAGUUCACCCUCGGCCCCGGCUUCGGGCCCGGCGUCUGGUUCGAGGACAUUUUCAAAAGCACCAAAUCUCCGGCCGUCAUGAUGAUGAUGAUGGAGCAGCAGCAGCAGCAGCAGCAGGAGGAGGAGGAGGAGGAGGAGGAAGAGUACCAGAAAGUUCUGGAAAACAACGCCAUCAACGAAGGGAGGAGCCGAGAGGGCAGAUGCGGCGGCGGCGGCGGCGGCGAUGGGCAGCCGUUGAUGGGGAGCGACCCGAGACUGACCGGCGGCUGCAGGGACGUGGCGGUGGCGGUGCUGGGCGGCCGGGGGUCGGAGCAGGAGCAGGAGCCGCGCUUCGGCCUCUCGUACGGCGAUGGCGGCCGAGCUGAGCGUUACCCCGGCGAACAGCAGCAGCAACAACAGGCGGCGGCGGCGCGGAGCGGCCAAGCUCCCCUCGGCUCGGUGUCCGAGGAGUGGCAGCCCGAGGGCGGCUACCGGAGCGUGGAGCUGGUGGUGGAGAACAAGCCGGACAAGACCAGGAUCGCCCGCUACCUGGCCGAGGUGGAGAAGCAGAACAGUUACCUGCGGGAGCGGGAGCGCUACCGCUUCCACAUCAUCCCGGACGGCAACUGCCUGUACCGGGCCGUGUGCAAGGCCGUGUACGGGGAGCAGGCGGUGCACCGGGAGCUGCGGGAGCAGACGGUGCACCACAUCGCCGACCACCUGGACGAGUUCAACCCCAUCAUCGAGGGCGACGUGGGCGAGUUCCUGAUCGCCGCCGCCCAGGACGGGGCCUGGGCCGGCUACCCGGAGCUGCUGGCCAUGAGCCAGAUGCUGAACGUGAACGUGUACUUGACCACGGGGGGUAGCAUGGAGAGCCCCACCGUGUCCACCAUGGUGCAUUACCUGGGGCCCGAGGAUCCGUCCAAACGCAGCGUCUGGCUGAGCUGGCUGAGCAACGGACACUACGACGCCGUGUUUGAGCAUCCGCUGCCCAACCCCGAGUACGAGACCUGGUGCACACAGACGCACGUCCAGAGGAAGCGAGACGAGGAGUUGGCCAAAUCCAUGGCCGCCUCCCUCUCCAAAAUGUACAUUGAGCAAAACGGCUGCUUUUGAG